AUGGCUGCUGCGGUGGAGGUGCAUUUGGGUACAUGGCGGCAUCUGCUUUCAGCGCAGGUUCAUAGAGGCAGCAGCGGAGGCACGUUUGGACCCAGUAUGAGACCCAGCGGCCUCAGCAGUGGCUGUAUUAGCGAGGUGGGCCCAAAGCAGACUUGUGGCCGCGGCGGAGUUGAGUUUGGGCCAGUUCAGUACCUGGCAGCAUCAGUGACGUCUGUGUUGGGAGGUCCAGCAAGGACUCAUAGUGGCGAGGGCAUCAAUGGAGGCAAGACAGCAUUCCAGCAGCGGCAGGACCACUGCAGAAGAACUAUCCCCCAAUCAGCCCUAUAUUGCAGCUACAAUCCACAGGUACCGGUUCACAAACCACCGACAAUCCGGAAGGUCUCCUGUUACGGCAGCAAUGGCACACAGCGUCCUGUGGUGGAUACGAGAGUCUCUGUGGGCUGUCUCCGCAGCAAUUUCCUGGAGAAGAGCAACUGCUGCAGUGAGCUGAAAGUAGAUUUAGUGUUGAAUGCAAGCAAGGCGGACACUGAUGAGAAUGACAAGAUGGAUGCAAAAUCAAAGCUGAGUGUAGCUGCAAAGAUGACACUGCUCAAAGAACUGGAGAAAGGGUCCCCUGCAGAGUCUGCUGCAAAGUUGCGUCCUCGCAGCAGCAACGCAGCCAUGGAGCGUAGGCUGCGACGUUCGCAUGACCGUUCUCGGACUCAGCCAGUGACCACAGAGGAAAUGGUGGUGGCAAACAGCCUCCCUAGGGCACAGUCACCAAAGGAGCAGGAUGCAGAUGGAAAAAAGAGCAGUGCAGUUGAACAGGAGGUAGAAGAGAGAGGUGAUGAGAAUUCCAGGCUGAGUCUGAACCAGAAGAUGGCCUUGUUUAACAGCCUGUGUCAGCCCAUGCCAAAGAAGAUGCCCGCAGUGGAAGGACCUAAUGGGCGCAGACAGAAAGGGGCUCGGUAUCGCACACAACCUGUCACCUUUGAUGAGGUCCAGCUGCUCCAGGAUUUAUCAGAACAACGCCAUCAACUUCUGCCCAACUGCCCAGGACAGACACCUGCUGAGGAAACAGUGUUGGAUGUUUUAAGCUUGCCCUCAGCUCCGGAGGAGAUUGUGAAGCUGGAGAUAAUGUCAGCUGCAUCAGUUCCCAGCUCUGAGGACAGCGGAAAGAUAGAGACUGUGGGAAACGAGGAGACACCAAAGGAGAUUGAAGGAAUAUUGAAAACACAAGGAAUCAGCAAGUUGAAUGAAAGUCACAUCCUGCAGGAACAGCCCAGGAAACGUGAGGCGAGGAGCCCAACUGGUAUAUUGGCGGAGACCAACUCUAUUCCGAGUGCUGUAUUUGGAGAGUACAACACAGACAGGGCAGACAUAACCCAGGAGCUGGGCAGGAGUGAAGAUGAAGUGAGACUAGCUGAGAACGAUGCUUCAGAGAAACCAAACUCCAGUGAAAUACAAGAGGGUGACCAGAGAGAAACAGCGGACACUGAAGGAUCUAGAGCGCCAACACAGGACGAUUUCUCAACACCACCCUCCUCACCACCAUGGUACCAGAAGGACGACCAUUCCCCUCCACAGUGGCAACCUGCUGAUAACCUCUGCACACCACAGGGCAAAGAGCAAGGCGAGGACUACCUGGAACAACAAUUUGAUGAGGACAAUCUGGAGCAAUCCCUAACUCCAAUUAACGUGGGAACGUCAGUCAAGGACAGGUUGCAGAAACUGAAAGAUGGUGAGGAGCAGUGGAAGAAUAAAAUAAACAAGAGGCAGGGUGGUGUUCGUGUCCCAUUAACUGAACGCUGCAGUCAGCUUCAACAAGCCGAAGGUGCCUGGAAGAAAAAGGGAGAAGAUGGGUAUCUGAGUGAUGCAGAGCAGCCUCGGUACUGGAGAACAGCGACUGAGAUUGGGGGACAGAUGUCUCUGGAGGAACGAAAGCAGCUGAUCAGUGUGAGCGAGGAACAGUGGAAAACGAAAGGCAAAGGUGCAUUCAAUGACUCCACCCAGUUCACAGUGGCAGCUCGCAUGGCGAAGAAAGGGCUAGUGCCUACGAUGACUGAAAAUAAUGAUGACACAGCUAUUCCUUUCAAGAAAGUUGCCACAUCAACAAACACACCAAUUAAACCUCUGGAAGAAAUUACAAGUCGGCCUGAUGUACCCCUAGAGAGUGAUGCUACAUUGGAUAACCUGGAGACCUUUCUAAAUAAGCUGCAUGCUAAAGCCACAAGUAACUUGGAGACAACAAUCACAGUGACAGAGCAAACAGUGAAGGAAGUGAUGAGACCAGAUGAUGAUGAUACCUUUGAUAAAUUUUACAAGCACACUCCCACUGUUCUGACAUCCAAUGUGCUGAAAAUCGAGGAGAGUUUUGAUGCUAUUUUUGAAGCCAACACUCCAAAACUGACCUCCGAGGUGGCGGAGCACAAGCGAGCUGUGAGACCCAUCCGUAAGACACAGUGUUCUCGCAAUCCCCUGAGGGCGCUGGCAGCUCGGGAAGACAUCCGCCAGGAGUACACAGAACAGCGUUUGAAUGUGGCUACAGUGGAGGUCAGGAGGAUCCAGACUGAGCGAAUGGCAAAACACUCCAACUACGCAGACGUGAGCUUGGCGGGGCUAGCAAGCAAAGAGAACUUCAAAAACAUCAAUCUUCGGAAUGUGAAGAUAACAGAGCAGGUGCCCAGUAACAGCGCAAAUCCUUUCAACAAAGUGAUGCUACUGCAAGUUAAAGGUCGCAGGCAUGUCCAGGUACGACUGGUGGAACCCAGCGCCAGCUCGCUCAACAGUGGCGACUGUUUCCUAUUGGUCACUGCAAAGCACUGCUUUCUUUGGAUUGGAGAAUUCGCAAAUGUCAUAGAACGCUCCAAGGCAUCGGAGCUGGCUAGUUUCAUCCAGGCAAAGCAUGAAUUGGGCUGCCGAGCAGCGAGUGUCACCAAUAUCGAAGAGGGCAUUAAUAGUCAAAGCAGAAGGGUCAAGGAAUUCUGGGAUCUUCUGGGUGGCCAGGCUCAAUAUCAAGCUGCAGGAGAUCCUGAGGAAGAUGAGCUGUAUGAAGCUGCUAUCACAGAAACAAACCACAUAUAUCGUUUGGUUGAGGACAAGCUUGUCCCAGACAAUGAAUCAUGGGGGAAAAUUCCUCGCUGUUCCAUGCUGAAUUCAAAGGAGGUGCUGGUGUUGGAUUUUGGCAGCGAGCUGUACAUCUGGCAUGGCAAAGAGGUGACCUUGGCACAGCGCAAGUUGGCUCUCCAACUGGCCAAACAGUUGUUGAGUGGUCCAUAUGAUUAUAGCAACUGCGGAGUAAACCCCCUGGACCCUGGAGCCAAGAAGAACAUCUCCCAGCAGCAAGGCCGCCCUGACUGGGUAAUCUUUGGUCGAUUGUCCGAACACAAUGAAACGAUUCUUUUCAAGGAGAAGUUUCUGGACUGGGCUGAGUCGAGAAAACAGGCGCAAAGGGACGUCGAGAUCACAGCCGAGUCAAAGUUAGAUCCUCAGAAUGAGCUGAAACCAUACGAUGCUAAGCUGCUCAUUCCAAUCCCGGAAGUGUCAUCCCGAAUGAUCCUGGAUGGAGUGAAUGUGCAGCGCGGUUACGGAUUUCUACAAAUAGAUGGUGAGAGGAUGUCAGAAUUGAAGACUGUCGGUGUGGAGGUCUGGCAUGUUCAGGAGUUUGAUCACAGCCAGCUCCCCAGAGAGAGUUACGGCCAGUUCCACGAGGGGGACACGUACGUUAUCCAGUGGAAGUAUACCAUCAGCAGCCUGGUGGGAAAGCGACAGAGACCAGAUCAGCUGAGCAGUGCUGGGCCCAGCAAGGAGCGAUCUGCGUACUUUUUCUGGCAGGGUCGCCUGUCGAGCAUUAGCGGCAAAGGAGCAUCGGCACUGAUGACCGUGGAACUGGGCAAGGACAGAGAAGCUCAGGUGCUGGUGUCACAGGGAAAAGAGCCCCCUUGCUUUCUGCAGUUGUUCCAAGGAGGAAUGAUUAUCCAUAGUGGAAAGAGACAUAACAUCAGAAACCCACAAGCAGGGCUUUGGCGAUUGUUUAUUGUGCAGGGGGAGGUCGCAGUGGAGGGCAGUCUCCUGGAGGUGGUGAGAGAGUGCAGGAGUCUGCGUUCGAGAGGCUCUUCAGUCCUGGUGAACACACAGCAAGCUCUCAUCUAUCUGUGGCAUGGGUGUAAAGUUCAAGCCAGUGCAAAGGAGGUUGGCAGAACUGCAGCUAAUCACAUUAAAGAACGGCCUCCUCAGGAGCUGGGCCUAUGGAGUAGGACGGAUGUAACAGUGUGCGAGAUAGAAGAAGGCUUAGAACCUCCAGAGUUCUGGCAUGCACUAGGACAACAGGAUCGAAAAGUGUACGACUGCAUGUUACAAGAUCCCGGGAAAUGCAAUUUCACGGUACGGCUCUUCAGAUUGUCUGCUUCCUCAGGGGAGUUUACUGUAACAGAACAGUUCAGUCCGACACGUAUCUCCAGUGGUGUCAUGACGAUGCCCUUCCAACAGGAGGCUCUGUACUCCGUACCUCAGCCAGCUUUGUUCCUCAUGGAUAACCAUUUGGAGAUUUACCUGUGGCAGGGCUGGUGGCCGGCAGACAGUGAAAGCACAGGUUCAGCGAAAAUCCGAUGGGAUAUGGAGCGGAAAUGUGCCAUGGAGACUACGCUGCGGUACUGCACAGAAAAGAACCCAAGGCGACCUCCAAAAGCAUACCUGGUGCACGCUGGUGUAGAGCCACUGACUUUCACCAAUAUCUUCCCGAGGUGGGAACACAACACAGAGAGUUUGCAGCAGGGAAAGCGGGGUGUUGCAAACAAAGUGCUCCUCGUUCAGGAUGCCUUGUCAAGACUGUGCAAGACACAAUACUCAUUGGAAGAGAUUAUGUCCAGACCCCUACCAGAGGGAAUUGACCCACAUAGACUGGAAACCUAUCUGUCUGAUGAAGAUUUUAAGAAAGCCGUGCAAAUGUCAAGAGAGGAAUUUAACCGACUUCCCGGCUGGAAGCAGGUGAAUUGGAAGAAAGCGAGAGGCCUGUUCUGAGGAAACAGUAACAUUUUCAGCCAAAACCUGCCCAGGAAUGUUUACAAUUCCAACACCCCGGCUCACCACAUUGUUUAGGUGGAGCUUGGAGAGUGAGGUUCCUCAAGUAAUUGUUUCAUCUCUGUAAAUUACAAUGUCUUCCAUUGUGUAUAAACUCUGUAUGAAUGCACGGAGUAGGUGUUGAUGGGGAGCUCCUUAUGGGUUAGUUGUGACUGGGGGUCUUCUUGUGGGCCCCCAUGACAGUUCCGAUCCCAGCCGAUGCUAACUCCUAUCUCUUUUUCUAGAGUAGGACUGGCCAAUUCUCUAGGAAUUAAAUUUGAAUCUUCACAUGCUCCCUUGAGAUCCUAGGUGAAGACUAAUUGAGACAUUAUAAACAACUAUGUAGUUUUUAUUUACCAUUUGAUUUGAACCCUUAUUCGUUAAAAACAUAUUGGAGUUGGAGGAAAGGCUCCCUGACUAGGGGAGGGGGAGUCGAAUAAAGGAGCCCGAAAAAUUGUCAAACUACAGUUGACAACCUCAACAGGAGUCCUUGCACUAGUAAUGCUUUGCAAUUGUGUGCUUUUCCUCUGAGAGUUAACUCUUUCGCAUUGCCUGAUGCUUCCUGAGGCUCCUCUUUACUGCCUGGGCAUUUGAAACUCAUGAAGUCGCAGGAGGUUGAGUUUAAUCCCAUUGAUGGAACACUGAGAGGAAUAUAGAAAUAUAGAGAACUGAGAGGAAACGCAGCACAGGCCUCUAGACCGAUGGAUCAAUCCAGGAUGAGUUGACUAAUUAGCAUGGACAGUGAACAGAGAUGUCAAGGGAGAAAGCUAUAAAAUAAUGGUUAAGAAAAUGCUGUAACCCCCUGAAUAGUGAAUGUAGAUUGGCAAAAAAAAGUUAAUUUUGGAGAGACUGCCUUUAGAAAUGGCAACAGCAGCAAAACGGGCUUGAGGGUAUUUUUCAGUAGAUCUUUUUGAUUGGAUGCGGGGAUUUGGGAGGUAGGAUGGAAACGGGUGUGGGGUGGCGUCUGUAAUUGAGUUGGCUGUGCACGCACUGCAGAACCAUGAGCUAAAGUCCUUCUCUCAAUUUCUUGUGUUCUUUGUACUAUGCCUGGCCCCACUGCAUCAGCAUCCCACACCGCCCUGACCUUACUGAAUCUCACCUGCUCAUGAUGCAUUUGUACAGAGGUUACUUGUGGAAUUUAAGGCUACGUGCCUCAUAUUGUGAUGUAAAGGUUAUGUCAGUGUUUUUAGUUCCUUUUAUUCUAUGUUUUAAAUGCGGAGAGUUUGUAUUACGAGUACUGUUGCUUUAACGAGGAAUCUGUCCAGCCUUAAAUUGCGUUUUGAAUUGUUGACCGAUCCCAGUUAUGACCCACACCCACUGAGGACUGACUGAUAUUGGCAGGGCUACCACCACUGGAACUGCCAGGAUACUCCCUGAUAUUCAACAGUGUUAAGGAAACCAACAAACAGGGCUGGUCACCACUGACAGUGGUGUUACUGUGUGCAUGUUGAACAUAGCUGUUAAUACCCGUCUCUUGUUUUGAACAGAGGUGCUGACCGAGCUUGAAUCACCAGAUUAACAUCUUCACUAAAUAUCCCGGAGAAAGCUAAUUGCUAAGAAUGGUGUUAAAGGUUCAAAUGCACACGGUAGCUUAUUUUAUUUGAUAACGAAUACUGUUUGAAUGAGAACAGAUAGUCAAACCUUGUUGAACAUGUUAGUAAUCUGCUCCUUGAAGGGUUUCACACCACUCACCAGGAAGAAAAAAUAUUUGAUAAAAGUGGAUCUCCUGCAAAUCUUGAAACUUCCCACGUACAUUAAAGUAAUGGAUCUAUUGUUCUGCCUUAGCAGUAUUAAAAAACAGCUUCUGAUGUCUCACUCUGAGAGCAGAAUUUAAUCUUGGCUACUUGGAGUCUCUCAACCAGUAGUGAUCUGACUUUGCUUCCGUUGGGGAAGGUUUGCAGAAAUAAACUGCCCUCAGGUAGCCAGUGUGGGAGCCUUUGUAGGGAUUUGGACCCAGUGACAGAAAUCCCACCGGCUGAGAGCUCACCAAUGCCUGCAGCGCUACCAAGCCGGAUGGCCACUGCAGGUAAUGCAGCCAGGUAGAAUCCUGGAAUCGUGAAGGGAUUCGGGCCGCAGAUGAUUGGUGGCAGGCUGGGAUGACGCACGGUCGGGACUGUUUAUUGGAAAGAAAGGGCAGGGUGUUGGCUUUCAGCAGAUCACUUCCCUCCCACCCUCAGCCCUCUUUCAUCCCUCAGUUCACUCCCACCCCUCAGCUCCCCCUACCACAUCCCUUGAUCAGACCUUCAAAUGAGGAAACUCCAACUCGGAUGUGUUGUAAGUUAACCUAUGCACUUGGUGACUCCCUGCCUAAUGGUUGCAUAUCAGCAGCCGUGAGGUUGCCAUGAAUUGUCCACUUAAAGGCCUCCACCACCUUGCACCCACCCUACCCAUCAGAUGUUCCCCCACCUUUAAACUUGCUCCCAGCGAGGGUGGCAUUAAAUCCUGCCCCCUCUUUUGGCUGCAGUGUUUCCAAAGGACUGUGCCACUCAAUUUCAAGUCGAUUUUUGCAGGAAGCUGCAACUUUAUGUAUCUUUUCUUUCUUUUCGUUGCUGUUUUCUCUGCUGUUCCUCCUCUGUCCUCUGCCAGCACUGAGUCUUGCUGGAGUCAGUAACUGCCCCUUUGCUACCUCAAUCCCAGCGCUUACUCUUCUUCAUGCAGGUGCCUCAAUUGUAAUGGUUGACAAAAUCAACAAGUUUAAAGUGUUCCACUUUGCUGAUGUAUGACACAUCUGUCAGUACUGUCGACCCAACUGCCUUAGGAAUGUGGUGAAGAUUAAGGAGCAAGCUUGAGCUCCGUGCUGAUCAGGAAUAUUGUGUGUAGUCUCACAAUAAUAAUAUGUCCAGGCAUGCAACUCGGGGUAAAAAAGCACCAUUCAUUGUCUCACUCCUGUGCAUCAUACGUAGCAGCUUUUACAGUUUAUAUGUUUUUAUAAAAUUGACAUUAUUCCAGCAGGCUCUGAAGGUAUUGUAAUUUCUCUGUAAAUCCGCAUGGAAUUCAUUGUUUUUGCUUGAGAUCUGAGUGUGCUUGUUGCAUGCACGAUCGCCAACAGCAGGUCAAAAGAAAGAAAAGCAACAUUGAUUAACACAAAGAAAUAAUUUGCGGUAGUGUUCGGAUCCUGAAAUUAUAUUUUUUAUGUACAGUUUUAAGGCUGCAUUUCAGGAUCGCUGGGAAGUUUUGCUGUUGACGCUGUAUCAGACAACAGUGCAAUUCGUAAAAUGCAGUUGUAUUAAAAGUGAACAGAGAUAUUUUGUGAAGAUGGUGAGUGAA